CUCCGCAGUAUUAUGAGGUCAGCGCACGGGACGGCGUACGCUAUGAUGUAACCCUCCAAACCGCCCCAGUUCUUCCAAUCCAGAGAGAACGGAGGAGGAGGGGAGAGCAAAGGGAGAGAAGUAGCAGUUGGUACUCUUCUCUUCAGGAAGGGGGCGGUGGAAGGCAGAGGAGGAAAGACCCGGAUGCCUCCUCCGCUGCAGCUAUGAGAGGCGGAGCGGGCCACAGAACGAAGGAGUUGUGAGCGCGGCGGCUUGUCUGGGGCCGGUUGAGGAGGCGGCCGAGAGCUACCUGUCCUUCUGACGGAGUGCUGUGGUGCCCGUUUCUCUCAGGUCGUUGCCCACAAGAUGGAGGUAGUGGGACUGAUAGUGGCGCUGGCGCCGUCGGGCGCGCUGUGAGGUGAUAAGGGCCACAAGAGGGCUAGUAAGAGUCGCGGCGCGUCUGCCUGAGGCGGCGAGGCGAGGCAAUGCUGUCGGUGUAUGGGAUACUGCUGUCCGCUCUGCUCGGCUCCUGUCUCACGCUGCUGUUCCAGAUCCUGUUCUUCUACCGGAGGAAGCCGGAAGCCCCCGAGGGGUCGUCCUCUCCUCUCAGCAGCGGCGCCUACACCACCAGGGUAGUGCCUGAUUCCUGCCUUAAGGAGUACUUCGCAGGCUUUGUUGGAGUUGGGCAAGAGGCGACUUCUUCAGCUACCUUGCCUUCUAACCAGUCCCCUUCCAAAACCGAACAGAGCCCCAAGCAGGCAGUGCCAUCCCAGGACUCCUCCUCCUCUUCCUCCUCCUCGGUGGUGGAGGCUACCGAGGAGACCCUCUACUGGCUCAAUGCCAUCUGUAUCUUUCUCUUCAGGGAGCUCAAGGACACUACCCUUGUCAGGCACUGGGUCACCAGAAAGGUCAAGGUGGAAUUUGAGGAGCUGCUCCAGACUAAAGUGACAGGAAAGGUGUUGGAGGGGCUCAGCUUGCGGGAUGUCUCAUUUGGUAAUGUCGUUCCCGUUUUCAAGAACAUCAAGAUCCUCAGGCCAGUGACCUGUAGCGAGGAAGGUUGCCCUGAGGAACUGGACUUUGAGGUUGACAUUGAGUACAAUGGUGGCUUCCACUUGGCCAUUGAUGCUGACCUUGUCUUUGGCAAGUCAGCAUAUCUCUUUGCUAAGAUCUCUAGAGUGGUGGGUCGAAUAAGGCUGGUCUUCACCCGUUUACCCUUCACUCACUGGUCCUUUGCCUUUGUUGAUGAGCCUGUGAUAGGACUUGAAGUCAAGUCGCAGUUUGAAGGAAGGCCCUUGCCACAACUGACUUCCAUUAUUGUCAACCAAUUUAAGAAAGUCAUUAGGCGCAAGCAUACUUUACCUCAUUAUAAAAUCAGGUUCAAGCCAUUUUUUCCAUUUCAAGUUGUGCCACCUGAAGAAUAUAGAGAUCGGAGUCUCAGUAUACAAGAUUUUUCACUAACAGAAGGACGACUGAAAGUUUCCUUAAUAGAAUGUUCAAGAUUAUUUAUUUUUGGAUCCUAUGAGAGAGAAGUGACUAUUCACUGCACAUUUGAAUUGAGUGACAGUGUUUGGGAAGAAAAAGAAAGAUCCUUCAUCAAGACGGCAGAACUAAUAAAAGGAAAUUCACCAGGUGUUGGACUCACUCUCCGCCAAGUACAAGCUAAGGAAGGGGAAACAGGGCAUGUUGUUAUUGAGACUGUCAUACCAAACUCAGCUGCUGCAGCUGCUGAUCUUCAGAGAGGGGAUAGACUUAUAGCUAUUGGAGGAGUGAAAAUUACAUCAACAAUACAUGUGCUAAAGCUCAUCAGACAGGCUGGUGACAGAGUCAUCGUACAUUAUGAGAGGCCUGUUGGCUAUAACCAACAGAAUUCAUUACCGCAAGAUAAUCUUGCACAAUUUGUAAACUCAGCGUUUCCAGAUGAGGAUGCAUCAACAGAGAUAGAUAACAAAGAACUGGAUUUACAGUUUGAGGAUUUGGCAAAUGAACUAAAGUCAUGUGAAUCCAGAGAUGAUUCUUCAACAAGUCCCAAGCAUACAUCAGUGUCACUUACAGCUAAACCACCUGGAACUGUAUCACCAAUUCUAAACCGCAAGUUACAUUUUGGAAGUCAUCAGUCAUCUGGAAGGGCACUUUUCAGAGAGGCAGCUAAGCAAGUAGUACUCAAAAAUUCUGAAAAUCUAGAUGCAACCCAGCAAACAGACAAACAUUCACAGACAAGUACAACUAAACCUCCUGUACCACCCAGGCCACAGCUUAAAGUUGCACCAGUUCCUAAUGAAGUUCAAAAUAUACUAGAAACUGGUGAUUUAUCUUCUGAGAAAUCAGAGAAGCUGCCGAUUCCUGCAAGUAAUGGAGAUAAAAAUUCAGAAAAGCUAACAAAAAAUACUGAUGUAGAGGAAGACCCUACAGGAUCCAAAUCAGUUACAUGCAAACCAGAAAUGGCUAAGGAACCUUUAGAAUCCUCAUUGAAUUCUAAAACAGUUAUAAACAAACCAGUUACAAAUAAACUAGAAGUAAUAAAAGAACCUUCAGAAUCAUCACAGAGUUCUAAAACAGUUACAAACAAACCAGUUACAAACAAACUAGAAGCAAUAAAAGAACCUUCAGAAUCGUCACAGAGUUCUAGGUCAACUAUAGAAAACCACAAUUCAUGGGAAUCACCAGAAAUUCCUUAUCGCAAACGAUUAGGUAAAUGGGCAAGGACAAAGGCCUGUUCCUACUUAUUUGAAGUAGAAAAAGAACACAAGUACCUAAAUGUUGCCAUUUGGUGUAGGGACCCUUUUAAAUUAGGUGGACUUCUCUGUUUAGGAUAUGAAAGCAUAAAACUUGAAGAAAUAGCUUUAGAUUGUAUAGCCACAUCCUCCAUGGAAUUCAUUAGACAAUUUAGAUUAAAUCCUUCUGCACCUAAGGCUGCAGUAAGUAGAACUGCAUUGCGUGCUUUAAUCUCACACAAAGGCUUCAGUGAAAAUUUUUGUUAUGGUGAUAUUACUAUACAUUUUAAAUACUUAAGAGAAAGUGAACCAGAAGACUCCAGCUUUCUUCUGGAAAAAGAAAAAGAAUAUAUUUCAGAAGAAGCAGCAGCUCCCAUUCUUCCAAAAGACGACCCUUAUUUUGGACAAAUAAUCUACACCGAAAACAAGCAUAAUUUUCAAGACACUCAGUUUCAGAAUCCAACUUGGUGUGAUUACUGCAAAAAGAAAGUUUGGACAAAAGCAGCAUCACAGUGUGUGGUUUGUGCAUACGUUUGCCACAAAAAAUGUCAAGAAAAAUGUCUAACUGAAAGCCCAUUUUGUUUAGGAGCUGCAAGACGGCUUGAGAGAGAUCUACGCACUUUUAAAUUUGAUAGCCAUGAUUCUCAGAGCACACCAGCAUCUCGUGCCGAUGCAGAAUUGAAAACUGCAAACAAAACAACAGGCUUAACAAGACACAUCAUCAAUACAAGCACCCGAUUGUUAAAUCUUCGUCAAGUACCUAAAGUUCGUGUUAGUGAGCAAGGGGCUGAUGCAGUAGAACCGUCGCCAAAGCACACACCACAUGCUUCUGAUAAUGAAGGUAGUGACACAGAAACUGGUGGUCCAAGUAGCCCUUCCAAACAAGCAUCUGGUACAGGGAUAAAAUUACCAAGAAAGGAAGGAGGAUUAGAUGAUAGUGUCUUCAUUGCUGUUAAAGAAAUUGGCCGAGACCUUUAUAGAAGUUUGCCUACAGAAGAAAGAAUCCAGAAAUUAGAAGUUAUGUUGGAAAAACUGCAAUAUGAAAUAGACCAAGAACUGGAGAAUAAUAAUUCUUUAAUAAGAGAAAAGAAAGAAACUACAGAUACGAGGAAAAAAAUGUUGUUGUCCGCUGCACUGGCUAAAUCAGGUGAACGACUGCAAGCCCUAACACUUCUUACGAUUCACUACAGAGCAGGCAUUGAAGAUAUAGAAGCAUUGGAAAAUGCUACUUUAGACCUGGAAUCCAGGAAGCAGGAUAAAUAUGAAGAUGAGAACAUAACAGAAGAAAUGGAAAAUGAAGUUGAGAAUGCUCUAGUAAUGGAACCAGUACUCGAACAGUUACUGAAAGAAGGACUUGAAAGAUCUGAUAACUUAGUAGACUGAGGUUGCACAUUUGGCCUUGAGAAUGAUAAACUGGGGAAAUACUUUGCACUUAAUCCAAACCACAUCAGAUAUAUCAAAAUGUAAUUAAACACUGGUAAAAUGUAUACAUGAUGCUUCUCCACAGUUUUAUUUUACUUGUGUAAGAAUACAGAGUUUUAAUUGGUUAGAGUUUCAUUUCCAAGUAUAGUUCAUAUUUUUGCUGAAGUAGCUGAUCCAAAUUGUUUUUAAAGAACAUUUUAAGUUAAUACUAGAAGAUUAAUUUAUUUGAACUUUUUCUGAAAUUUCAUUUUAAUAUCUAAUAUAGUGGCUUUCUUUUUGUUCCCUUCCAUCAUUAAGUUUAAAAGUUUUGAAUUUUUACUGCAUGCUGAAAUUGACACCACCACAGCAGCUAUUAUGGGACCAGGUUCUGAAGAUUUUCAUUGUGUCUCAUUAUUUGGCUGUGAUUUAUUUCAAUUGUGUGUGUUGGUUUCAGAGCAUAUUUUUUUGUUUUUUGCCAAUCAUGCAUCAUAGCCAACACUGUGGCUUUAUUCUCAAUUAUUUUGUAAAGGUUAUUACUACAUAUCAUGAUGCUUGGUUUCCAUGAUUUUUGUUCAGUCACAGAUUUAAUCUGCACUUGAAUAUUUUUUCCUCUUUGGGCUUAGUAGUAUUUUUAACUUGGAGGGACUCCUAAAGCACAUCUAGUUCAAAACUCUUCAAAUAUCCCUCAGUAGGUGCUAAUCUCCUCUCUUCUCCUUAAAGACCAUAGACAUUAAAGUUUGCUUGAUCAUGAGCUGUACCAAUGUUGCAUAGCAAUUUCUUGGGAAUGUGCCAGCAAAAGGUAUUUAUGUUAAUGUAAAAAUUAGAUGGAAGCCUUAUAGAACUUAUCACUGUAUAAUGUUUAAACACCUGAAGUUGAGUUGCAGCAUUUUGUUUACCUAAGCAUUGAUUUUGUCACAGAAUCUGGUGUCAGUGUUUUAAUGUUUAAAAGGGUAAAAUUUAAACUAGAUGCUAAAAUAAUUCACUUUCCACUGGUUGUGAUGCCAUCAUGCACAGAAAAAUGAUAGAUGCUCUUCAUUUUAAUGUAGCAUGUAGGUUUUUUUCCACUGGAUCCUGAGCCCACCAGAAAUUAAGAAGUUUGAAAGUUCGUUUUUGGAAAGCCCUAACUGAUCUGAUGUGAAAAAAUGGUGUUGGGACUUGAAAUGUGUAUCUUUUAAGGCUCCAUUUUCCAUGUGCAUAUCAUUAUUUCAAGCAGUGUGCUAUAUUUUUAUUGUAGUACAUAUACCUCUAUAGGAAUUGGUAAGGCUAGCACACCUAAAUCACUCUUUUUGACUGGCAAGUAGUCGAUCAUCUUACUAUGUUAAGUCUGCUAUGUGAUUAGCGUGGGAAUAAACAAUAUCUACCCAAACUUUUUGACCUUAAAAAUAACCUCUUUUUGCUUUCCUUUUUUUAACAUAACCAAGCCAAAUACUUGCUAAAUUGAGAGUGCAAUGCAUACUAGUAAAAAGGUAAAGCUCUGCUCUUUCAACAAAUUUUGCUUCAUAACUUAUACUAAAUAUUUCCAAAAAUAAAUCCCUCUGAAAAGUUCAACAUUGUGUUUAAUUAAUUUUCUCUCUCAAUUUACUUUCUGGGUAGCUUACCAGCAGACGUGAUCUGGAAUAAUUCUCAAUUAGUUUUUAGCUUAUAUCCAGGUACUGCCUUGAAACACUUGCUGAUGUGAGGAAGCAACUGCUGAAAUAUAGGCAUUAGGUUUUUUCUAAAUGUCACCUUGUAGUUUAUCAGUUAAUAAAAUGGGCAUGAAUUAUUGUAUAAAAUAAAUUAAAUGUAGUGCAAUAUUCUGAAUGUUGCGUGAGAAUGGCGGCAAAAUAAUUGUAUGGUAGCAAGAAAAACAAAACAAUUAUAAAAAACUGAUCUUGAGAGGUGAGCUGUAUUAAUACAUUCCUAUUCUUUGCUUCUGUGCUUUACUGUACAUAGCUGAAAAUUAAAAAAAAGCCACUGAAAGCAAGAAUAUCUUGAUGUAGUGGUAUGUAACUACUUGACACUUGCACAUAUUUAUGGAAAGUCUGCCUGAGAUGAUUGUCAGACAUGAUUUUAUCAUGAAAACAAGCUUUAAUAAAUUUUUUAAAAUAAA